UCACACAAAGCAUAACCUUACUUCUUCUUCUUUCUCUCUCUUUCUCUCCCUUAACACGCACACACACAAACACAAGCUUAUUACAUACUCUCUUUGAUGGCUGGAGGAGAGAAAAGGAAAGGACUUAGCAAAUCUUGUGCCCUUCUCAUAGUGAUUGCUGGGAUAGAGAGGUAUGCAUUCAAAGGAGUUGCAUCAAACUUAGUGACAUAUCUAACUGAUGUGGUGAAGAUGAGCAAUUCAAGAGCAGCGACAACUGUUAACACUUGGAGUGGCUUCACUUUCAUGUUGCCUCUCUUUUCUGCCCCUUUCGCAGAUUCUUGUUGGGACAGAUUCUUCACCAUCCUCGCUUCUUCUUCUCUCUACUUUGUGGGCCUAGUAGGGCUGACAUUUACGGCAUAUGCUAAGUCACGUUCCACUAGUAAAACCGUUUCUCUCUACUUCCUCUACACUUCACUUAGCCUCGUCGCUCUUGGCCUUGGCGUCUUAAAUCCAUCUCUUCAAGCCUUUGGUGCUGACCAGCUCGACCAUGACCUUGACCACGAGCCAUCCUCAGAGGACAAAGAAGUCAAAUCGAACCGCAAGACUCAGUUUUUCCAAUGGUGGUACUUUGGUGUCUGCGCCGGUAGUCUUCUAGGAGUCACCGUCAUGGCUUACAUCCAAGAUACGUUUGGUUGGGUUCUCGGUUUUGCAAUCCCAACCGGUUACAUGUUGUUGUUGAUCUUCUUGUUCUUGUGUGGCUGCGGGAUUUAUGUCUAUGCUGAUCCAGCAGGUCAAGACCUCAAAGCUAAACCGUUUCAAAGGAUAUUACACAUUGUCAGAGAAAAAGUGUGGGGCAAAAAUAAAAUCACUCUUGUAAACAACCACGACUUGAAUGCCAUGGAGCUCGAGCUGCAAGAUCAGAAGCCUUUAUGUAACUGUAGCAACACUGAAGCUAACACUGCUACUACCAAGAGCUCACAUGAUGAAAAAAGCUGCAAAAACGGUUUCUCAGGGCUUGGAACCGCAAAGCUAUUGCUUCGGCUUUUACCUAUAUGGACGAUGCUUCUAAUGUUUGCGGUCAUAUUCCAACAACCCGCCACCUUUUUCACAAAGCAAGGUAUGACUAUGAAGAGAAACAUAGGACCAAACUUCAAAAUCCCACCCGCAACACUACAAAGCACAAUCACUUUAUCCAUAAUCCUUCUUAUGCCCUUAUACGACAAAGUCUUGAUACCGAUCGCCAAGAAACUAACGAAGAACGAAAAGGGCAUUUCUGUUAUGGAAAGAAUGGGGAUUGGUAUGUUUCUAUCCAUCAUUGCCAUUGUUAUCGCGGCGUUAGUCGAAAGAAAAAGACUUAGGAUAAGCAAAAUGAUGAAGACUUCGCCGGAUCCGGAUCCUAUGAGCAUAUUGUGGCUCCUACCUCAAUACAUUCUAUUGGGAAUCUCGGACAUUUUCACAGUUGUUGGAAUGCAAGAGUUCUUCUACAGCGAGGUUCCCGUUAGCAUGAGGACAAUGGGAUUUGCUUUGUACACGAGCGUUUUCGGCGUGGGGAGCUUUGUGAGUGCUGCGUUGAUUUCGGUUAUCGAGAGUUACACGAGCUCAAGAGGUGGAAAACAUAACUGGUUUGCAGAUGAUAUGUCGGAAGCUCGACUUGAUAACUAUUAUUGGCUUUUGGCUUUCACUAGUGCUAUUAGCUUCUUGAUGUAUAUUAUUAUUUGCAAGCAUUUUAAGAGUAGAAGUGAUGAUGAUCAAUGUGAUGAACACUGUUAAUAAACUAAAGAAACAGCUCUUUUCCAAAACUAGUUUACGAUCGAAUAAAUAACACCAUUAUACUUAAA